AUGGCGUUGAGCACCCAAGUCAGAACUUCCACCGGUUCACCUUGCCCAUGGAAAUACGACGUGUUUUUGAGCUUCAGAGGCGAAGACACCCGGAAGGGCUUCACAGACCACUUAUACGAUAAGUUGCAGUGGCGAGGAAUCAGAACUUUCAGGGACGACCCUGAACUUGAAAGAGGCACAUGCAUCUCUCCAGAGCUCCUCUCAGCAAUCAAACAGUCCAGGUUUGCGAUCGUUGUUCUUUCUCCAAACUAUGCUUCUUCCACGUGGUGUUUGCUUGAACUGUGUAAGAUUUUUGAAUGCAUGGAAGAGAGGGGGACGAUCCUGCCAAUCUUUUACGAGGUGGAACCGUCUCAUGUGAGACACCAAAGAGGUAGCUUUGCUGAAGCGUUUGAUGAACAUGAAGAGAAGUUUGGAGAAGAUAGUAAGCAAGUGGAAGAGUGGAGAGAUGCUUUAACAAAAGUGGCGAACCUCGUUGGCUGGACUUCAAAGGAUUAUAGGUAUGAAACAGAGCUUAUCAGAGAGAUUGUGCAAGUACUUUGGAGCAAAGUGCAUCCUAUUGUCACAGUUUUUGGUUCCUCAGAGAAGUUAGUCGGAGUAAAAACUAAACUGGAAGAUAUAGAUGUUCUCUUAGAUAAAGAAGCAAAUGAUGUUCGCUUUAUAGGGAUAUGGGGGAUGGGUGGGGUGGGUAAGACCACUAUUGCUAGAGUGGUGUAUGAGAAUAUAUCUGAUGAAUUUGAAGUUUGCAUAUUUCUUGCUAAUGUCAGAGAGGUUUGCACAACCCAUGGUCUAGUUCAUCUACAAAAGCAGAUUCUGUCCCAAAUCUUGAAGCAAGAAAACGUACAAGUAUGGGAUGUUUAUAGUGGAAUCACUAUGAUAAAGAGAAGUUUAUGUAGUAAAGCAGUUCUUCUAGUUCUUGACGAUGUAGAUCAAUCAGAGCAACUGGAAAACUUGGUAGGAGAAAAAGACUGGUUUGGUUUGAGGAGUAGAAUCAUCAUUACAACUCGAGAUCAACAUAUAUUAGUCAGACAUGGUAUAGAUGAACCAUAUGUGUUGAAGGGAUUAAACGAUGAUGAAGCUUUUAAGCUCUUUUGUUGGAAAGCCUUUAGGAAAUAUGAACCUGAAGAUGAGUAUGCUGAACACUCUAAGAAAUUCAUUAUCUAUGCUGGAGGUCUUCCCUUAGCUCUUAAAACUUUGGGAUCUUUUUUGUAUAAAAGAAGUCCAGAUGUAUGGAUUUCUAUACUGGAAAAGCUACAAGAAACUCCCAACCGAACAAUUUUUGACAUCCUGAAAAUAAGUUAUGAUGGACUUGAUAAGAUGGAGAAGAAAACUUUUCUGGACAUUGCGUGCUUUUAUAGAUGGUAUCAAACUGAACUACUAUACAGUUCAGAUUUUUGCAGUCAUAUUGCUAUAGAUGUUCUUGUUGAGAGAUCUCUCAUAACUAUUUUAUUGGGAAACCAAGUAUGUAUGCAUGACUUGAUAAAAGAAAUGGGAUGUGAAAUUGUUCGUCAAGAGUCUCAAGAACCUGGCAGACGCAGUCGGUUGUGGCUUCCGAACGACAUCUCUUAUGUAUUCACAAAUAAUACGGGAACAGAAGCCAUUGAAGGCAUAUUUUUACACUUGCCUGAACUAGAAGAGGCAGAUUGGAACCUUGAAGCCUUCUCUAAAAUGUGUAAACUGAAGCUGCUCUACAUUCAUAAUUUAAGGCUUUCUGCUGGCCCCAAAUACCUUCCUAAUGCCUUGAGAUUUCUGAACUGGAGUUGUUAUCCUUCAAAAUCUCUCCCACCAGGUUUUCAACCGGUUGAACUUACUGAACUUAGGUUGCCUUGUAGCAAUAUUCAUCAUCUCUGGAAUGGAAUAACAUACUUGGACAACUUGAAAUCUAUCGAUCUUAGUGAUUCCAUAAAGCUGACAAGGACCCCGGAUUUCACAGGAAUGCAAAACCUUGAGAAGUUGGUUCUUGAAGGUUGUACAAAUUUAGUUAAGAUUCAUCCAUCCAUUGCAUUUCUCAAGAGACUUAAGAUUUUGAACUUCAGAAACUGCAAAAGUAUUAAGAGUCUACCAAGUGAAGUAGAAAUGGAAUAUCUUGAAACAUUUGAUGUAUCUGGCUGCUCAAAACUGCGAGUAAUUCCAGAAUUUGUGGGGCAGAUGAAUAGAUUAUCAAAGCUUUAUUUGAGCGGGACAGCUGUUGAAAAACUGCCUCUAUCAUUGGAGCACUUGAAUGAGAGUUUGGUGGAGCUUGAAUUGAGUGGAAUUGUUAUUAGAAAGCAGAAUCUCAGAUUACCAUCUUUUGGUUUAUUUCCAAGAAAGAGUCCCCACCCUUUGCUUCCUCUGUUAGCUUCCUUGAAGCAUUUUUCUUCUUUGAAGAGAUUAAAUCUGAAUGACUGUAAUCUCGGUGAAGGAGAAAUUCCCAUUGAUAUUGGUUCUCUGUCCUCCUUAAGGUCGUUGCAACUCGGAGGAAAUAAUUUUGUUACUCUCCCUGCAAGCAUCCAUUUACUUUCUAAUCUUACAUAUAUCAGUGUGGAGAGAUGCAAAAGGCUUCAAGAAUUACCAGACUUUCCAUCAAACCACUUUUUAUCAGUAAGAACCGACAAUUGUCCUUCCUUACAAGUGUUUCCACGUCCACCAAAUUUGUGCAGAUCAUCGAAAUUUCGGAUCUCUAGCAUCAAUUGCUUGAGUAUGCUUGGUAAUCAAGGUUCUAGUCACUUCAUCUACUCAAUGCUAAAGCGGUUGCUUGAGGAAACCCCUUGUUCUUUUGAAUAUAUCCUUUAUCUAAUUCCGGGAAGUGAAAUGCCUGAGUGGUUCAGUUACCAAAGUGUGGAAAACUCUGUAACUAUGAAGUUACCUUCGUAUGAAAGUAAUAGCAGCAAGUGGAUUGGGAUUGCUGUAUGUGCUCUAUUUGUACCUCAAGACAAUCCGUCUGCCGUUUUUGAAGAGGAUUAUUUACAUCCUGAUACAUGUCGUAUUGAUUGCAGUUGGAACAGAUAUGGUGAUGGUUUAGUAGGUCUUCAUACACAGCCAAGGGAAGAGGUAGAAACAGUAGGUACCCGUGAAGUUGUGAAACAAAUUGUUUCAAAUCACCUUUUGUUCAUUGUUUUGCCCUGUCAUAUCUGGAAUCCUGAGAACUGUUGGAAGGACAACACAUGCAAUGAGGUCAAGUUUGACUUCAAAAUCACUCGAGCUGUAGGAAACAAUAGAUGCAUAAAGGUGAAGAAAUGUGGGGCUCGUGCCCUGUAUGAGCACGAUAUGGAAGAGCUGAUCAGUAAAAUAAACGAGUCCGAGAGCGUUUUGGUUAGUGAAACUACGGAUUGUGAUUUAGGCAAAUCAGCAUAUCAUCAAGGUGGAGCCAUUGUUGACGUAACACGAGAGGCAGAGACAGCAACAACCGGAAGUCAUGGUGGCUCGGAUGACGAGUAUUACUCCACAGAAGAAUGAAAGGCCGCCUUGGUUGAACCAUCCAAUGCCUCGAAAGCGAAAGUGAAAGGCUGACACCAGUGUUCGUAACAACUAACCACUAACAAGUGACCAUCUCAGGUUCCUCUUAACUGUUCAACUAUCAAGUCCACAUGCUGUAUAUGGAAGCAAUGCUUCCUGUUUAGCG